AUGAAUCAUAUAAGAACUAUAGAUAUAUAUAGUACUAUUGAUGAUAGAGUAAUACAGGAUGUUCAACUAUGGUUAGAUAAUACAGAAAUUAGUAUACCCAAGUUUAAAAAUUGUAAAAUUUGUUCAUGUAUAAAUCAUGCAAAAAUUCCAAUUUAUUUGAUUCAAUGUAAUUCGAUAAAUGUAUAUACAAAUGAGAUAACGACAAAGGAUUAUUUUGAGAGGAAUAUAUCAAAAGAUAUUGGUGUUUUAUGUAAAGUCAGUGAAGAAGUUUUUAUAGUUUUCCAUUAUCAAAAUUCAUUAAUUAAAGCCAUGAUUUUAAAUUUUAAUAUGUUGAACAAAAUUAAUAAGAUCAAUCUAGAUAGUUAUCCAGAUGAUGUAUUGAUAAAUAUGAAACCCCCGAAAAGAACAACAAUAACAUCAAGAGAUUUAGCAAUUGAUCAAGUUUUAGAAAAGAGUAAAUUGAAAAAUAAUCCAUUUUUAACAAAUCUGUCACCACCCAGCACUAGUCAAGUCUCAAAUCUGGUGCUAUCUAAUCAAGAUCAAGUUAAUGCUGCUAUAAAUAAGAUUAUUUCCUCGGGAUUGAGAAUUAGAGGGUUGAGCUCUUCAUUAAUGAAUUCAUUGAAUGAUAAAUUAACAAUAAAAGAGAUACAUCAAAUGACUUUUAAAUCGGCCAUUUUCACAUUAAGGAAACAUCAUUAUAAUUUUAAUAAUAAUAGGUCAAGACCUGCUAAGCAAGUUACAUUAAAUGAGUUACAAGAAAUAGUGGAGAACUUAUUACAUUUAUAUGUUGAUGUGGAGUGA